AUGUUCAGCAACUCCUCCAACGCGUCUUCAAAGACCACAUCGAGCGCAGCCUCAACCCACUCCACCGUCUCCACAGCGACAACCCUCAAUACACCCGACGGGUCAAUCAAGAACCACAAGUGGUACUCGCUCGGCUCGAAGUCCUUGAGCUCCGAUUCCAAGAAUACUGCCACAGACAUUCAGCAGAAGAAGCUGCACAACGAGGCUCUUGCUAGCUACUUCAGCCUGCGCUAA